ACUACGGUCCGGAACAGACUGAAUCUAAUUGUGAAACUACUUAAGACUAGCAACCGUUCAGUGGACUGUAGCUUUAAGAUAUUAUAUCUUUAUUUGUAUUUUUCUUAGACUUGUCAUAGGCUAAUCAUGGCAUUUCUGAUCUACCUGACUGUACUGACAACAGCCGUCAUCACACAGGUGACUGCUAGCUGCCCAGCAGUGUGCGAGUGCCCUGACGAGCCCCUAGUUUGCCCUCCAGGAGUUAGCACUGUGCUAGAUGGAUGUGGGUGCUGCAAGGUGUGUGCUGCACAGCUUAACCAGGACUGCAGCCCCAUGAGGCCUUGCGACCACCACAAAGGGCUAGAAUGUAAUUACGGCAACGAUGUGACCAUGGCCUGGGGCAUCUGUCGAGCAAAAUCAGAGGGACGCACGUGCGAGUACAACGGCAGGAUUUACCAGAACGGCGAGAGCUUCCGUGCCGGCUGUAAACACCAGUGUACCUGCAUCGAUGGCGCGGUGGGCUGCGCACCUCUCUGCACCAACAAGCUGCCACCGGCCUCGCCAUCCUGCCCCUACCCACGGCUGGUCAGGAUACCUGGCCAGUGCUGCUUCAGUGUGGACUGCCAUAAGGGCACAUGGCGGCUCCCACCUAAGCAUCAGGUACCUUCGCCACAACAACACCUGCCCAGACCUCAGCACCAUACUUCCAAAGAACACCAUCGUAAUAAUGAGCUGGCCGACGAGCUCGCAGACAUCAAGGCCAGCGGCUGGGAGAGUGAACAUGGCUAUAAACACCUGCCUGUGUGGAACCAUCUGAAGGAGAAGUGUCCCGUCCAGACCACUGACUGGUCCCAGUGCUCCAGCAGCUGUGGGAUGGGUGUUUCUUCUCGCAUCACCAACAAGAACCCUCAGUGCAAGCUGGAGAGAGAAACGAGAAUCUGUACCGUACGGCCAUGCCACGGCCUCACAGUCCCAGCCAAGACGGGGAAGAAGUGCUCCCCGACCCAGAAAGCUCCAGAGCCCACCCGCCUGUCAUACGGAGAAUGUGCGAGUGUCCGCCUCUACCGGCCCAACUACUGUGGUGUGUGUGUGGACGGACGGUGCUGCUCGCCACGUCGCACACGCACUGUACCUGUGACUUUUGUCUGCCCGGACGGCGAGCGUUUCCAGAGGUCGGCCAUGUUCAUCCAGUCGUGUAAAUGCAGCGACGACUGCGGCCACCUCAACGAAGUGGCCCUCCCUCCACAGCAGUGGCUGUACGGAGAUACACACCAGUUCAUAGACUAGUACUCGGGAGGAGUUUUAUUUUAUCUUAAUGUGAUGAGGUCAACUUUCUUGAUGAAGGAAGACUCUUCAAGACUGGGGGCCAUCUUUCUCAUCUGGCUCCAAAUGAGUGAAGACCACAGGCACCCACCUGACUGGCAAACAGCAGGCAGGAAGGGCCGCCUCAGUUUUAUAAAGGCAACCUUUAAUUGUGAUAUUGUGUGACCGGAGUGGAUUGUACACUUCUGCUCAAACAGACCUGGGACCUAAAUUAGAGCCCUGAAGCGCCCCUGGACUUCCUCCACUCUGGACUGUGUUGUGUGUUGGUUCAGAUGUGGAGGAUUUUUUUCUUUUGAGACUCUCAGAUCAACCUGAGAGGAGAAACACUACAAGAGCAACAAAGCACUUUUAGCACUGAAACUGAACUAUAACUGACAGCAGUGCACAAGGAUCACCUCACCUGCAACAAAAGCCUGUGAUGGUGGAUGACUCUAUAUCCCACAAUGCACUGACUAUUCAGCGACAAGCAAAAUUAUCUUUUGCAGCUUUAUGUAGAAAGAAAAUGUGGACUUUAAAAGAUAGAGUCAGCAGCAUGUUAUGAACAUAAGCACAGACUGCGCCUUUUUUUUGGUCGUGCUGACGUGACAAGCCUUUUUUAUUUACAUACAGCAAUGAAUGAAUUACUUUUCCUCGAACCGACUAUUAAAAUGAUAAAGAACGCUAUCUGGAAAUGACACGAGCGUUCAGCAAGGACUGGACCAAUGCCAUUUGUUUGUGCAUUAAAUGCAGCUUAGAGAAAUGGCUAACACAAACCUGAAUUUAUUUUGGGUCACACUGUAUUCUGUAAAUAUAUUUUCUUUAUUUGGA